AUGGCUUUCACACUGACUAUACUCGUUCCCUGCAUGGUGCUGGCCCUCGUGGCGGCCCGGCCCGUUCUCUACUGGGUUCUCUCCGUCGUCAUAGACGCCUUUCUACGAUGGAAAUACCCUCUGCCUCAUCACGCAGGGUCCAAACCCAUGCCUCGUGCCCGUUAUACAUGGCCCAACGGUCAAGGCACGGAGAAGUUCUUCAAUGGACGUUCCGCUGCCAGACAGUGGCGACAGAGAUGGGGUCCGAUAUACCAGAUCUGGUCCGGCUGGUGCCCUGAAAUUGUGCUGACCACUCCUACCCACGCCGUCCAGUUCUUCCGCAACUCGCACCGUCACACCAAAGCAGUGAACAAUGAUUCCGGCUGGUUGUUUGGAGAGGUCCUUGGCGUCUGUGUCGGCUUACUCAGUGGCACCGACUGGAAACGAGUCCGGCAGCAGGUCGAAGACGGCUUUUCACGCCCAACUGCGGCUCGGUAUACGGGUGACCUGGUCUUUCUGGCCCGCGAAUAUCUCCAAAAUACCCUGCUCGCCUCAUCUGAGCAGAGCCUCGAAAACAAAGGAAUUAUCCACGUUGAGCCAGCUAAGACUCUACAGUUCUAUCCCUUUCUGUCGGUGGCGCAGAUCUUGUUCGGACGCUUGAGCCCGAUGCAACGCACCCAGCUGACCACGCUCGCUCCGUUGCGAGAAGAGUUAUUCAAGGAGGUCAUUCGGGGGGGCAUCAAUCGCCUCUCCAUCGCGCCUUGGUUCAAGUCACGGGGAGUGCGCCUCUUGAACGAAUUCCAAACGCAGUGGGAACAGUUUGUCGAAGACGCCUACCAUGCAGCCGUCAAGCGCAACCAAUCCCCUAGGCCACUGGUCAUCGGUCUUUGGGAGGCCUACCAGGCGGGGACCAUCAGCAAACGCGAAUGCCUGCAAACCCUCGACGAAUCGCUCUACGCUAAUCUGGACGUCACCACACAUGCCCUGUCGUGGAACGUCUUGUUACUGGCCGAGAAUGGCGAGGCCCAGACGGAACUGCGACAGGAAGUGCUGUCUGCGCUGCAAAGCGAGGCAAGCGAGUCGUACGAACGAUACAUUGACCGGGAUGACACAUUCCUGGCUGCCUGCAUCCUGGAAUCCGCACGGCUGCGCCCAAUCCUGCCAUUUUCCAACCCUGAAUCGGCGCCCGAGGAUCUAUACGUGGAUGGCUAUCUCAUCCCAGCCAAUACCAAUGUUAUUGUGGACGCUCAAGCGAUCAACAUCGACAACCCGUACUGGGUCAACGGAACGCAAUACAAUCCUCGACGGUUCUUCAGUCUCAACAAGUCUGAUGUCCGCCAUAACAUGUGGCGCUUCGGGUUUGGACCUCGCCAAUGCCUCGGCAAGCAUAUUGGCGAGCGGAUGCUGAAGGCGAUUGUUGCUGAGAUUAUUCGACAGUAUGUCAUCUCGAUCUCGGCUGACAGUGCUUUGAAGAAUGAUCUGCAGGAGGAUAGCUGGGUGGGCUUGCCCGCAACGCGGAUUCAGUGUGUGCCGGUAGGACGCGAGGUCGAGAAGAAUUAA